CGAUCGAGGAUGAAACGGAUCGAAAGCUGAGUGACUGGAUGCGGAAUCAUCGCGAAGAACAGUAGAAGAGGAAAUCGAGAGUUUUGAGGAAAUACGAUGGGACUUCUGUGGAUUGGAUCGCUGCUGCUCUACUUGAUAUCGGGAGUUCUCGGGAAUUGUCCCUUGGUGCAGCCACCGCAGUGGGGCACGGUGAGAGAAAGGGUCCUUAAAGAUGGCACUCUCCAGACUGUGUACUCGUGUGAACCAGGGCGUAGAUUGAAGGGCCAUAAAAUACUGACUUGCACCGUCGACGGUUGGAAUCAUCCUAUCCCAAAAUGCAUCCCCAACGACAACAGAUUCGGGCACUUCCGCAACGAUCCCUACCUCGGCGAUGAUCCAAUUUCGUCCACGCCGCUCGAGGAUAAAAUGGCGAGGGACCGGUUGAGGGCGCGUAAGAGAAUCGGCGAGCUGAAGAAACGCAGAAAAGCGAAGGAGAAGAGACGGAAGCAAAUGGAUGAGAAGUCCUUGUCCGGAACGCCCCCGGCGUCAGCAGUCGCUGCUUUAAAUGAAACAAUAAUGUCGAGGCUGGAUCUGAGCUGCUUCAUGAAAGCUGGCAAGAAAGGAUUUGCGAAAGCCCCUAAAGUGGAGAACGCCAAUCCUGCCAAAUAUGCCAGGAGGAAAAACGUACUCCCGCCCUACAAUCGAUACCUCGUAGCGGUUUACGAGUGCAAGUUGGGUUUUCAUUUCGAAGAUUCGAUGGCGGAUCGACUUUUCUGCAACGAUGGUGCUUGGUUAGGCAGUCUUCCGCGUUGCAGAAAGGCGGAAGGCAAGUCACGAGAAACACAAGAUUUUAUAAGUGUUACUCAGAAAAUGGUUUUUGUUCCAGAAACUAUAGCAGAUAACGUGAAACGUUGCAAUUUGGAUAAGGGAGGCUGCGAGCAGAAAUGCGAGGAUACUGAGACGGGUGUACAGUGCUCGUGCUUCCACGGAUUUCGCGCCAAAGGAUCUUCCUGCACAGACAUAGAUGAAUGUGCCGAAGGUGUGGCUGGCUGUGCUGAAAUUUGUCACAAUGAUCUUGGCUCCUUCCGUUGUGAUUGUCGUUCGGGUUUUCAACUGGGCGCCGACAACAAAUCGUGUGUUGACGUUAACGAGUGCCUCCCGAAUAAUGGGCACGGUCCGUGCCAAGGUGCUUGUAUCAAUCUCGAAGGGAGCUACGAGUGUAGCUGCUCCGAUAUCGCUGGACACAAAUUAGCGUCGGAUAAUCACACCUGCGAGGACAUCGACGAGUGCUCGACGAACAAUGGAGGAUGUUCUCACGUUUGUUUGAACACACCUGGAAGCGCUUUCUGCCUUUGUCCAGAUGGCUUUUAUUUGACGAACGAUUGGAAAACAUGCCAAGAUUUAAAUGAGUGCGAGAACGCAUCCAAAAUUUGCGCGAACAACACUGUAUGCGAAAAUACCAUCGGAUCGUACAGGUGUGUUGCCAAACCUCAGAAGUUGACGAAAGUUCUUCAGGAUCAGGAUUACGACGCCGAGAACAAUGACGACAACGACGACGACUAUGACGAUGGUGUUACGGAGAUUCCGGAGUUUGGAAAGUGCGAGGACGGCUUCAGAAAGAACGAAUAUGGCGAAUGCGUUGAUAUCGACGAGUGCGUCGAAGGGGACGAAGGGGAGCCUCAUGGCUGCCAACACGAGUGCGUGAACGAGCCUGGUGGUUAUUACUGCGUGUGUCGUUUCGGAUUUGAGCUGGACGACGAUGGCGUGUCUUGCAACGACGUCGAUGAAUGCAAGAAAACGCCUCCCCCUUGCUCCCACGGCUGCGAGAACAUAAAAGGAUCGUACGCUUGUACCUGCCCAACGGGAUUCAGCUUGAAAGGGGAUAACGUCACCUGUGCUCGAGCGAGAUCAUGCGAUACGCUGAUAAUACCUUGCUCUUACGGGUGUCAGGAGACAAAGAGCGGCCCGAUCUGCGUUUGUCCCUCGGGAUAUCAGCUUAUGGAGGAUGGAAGUGGUUGCUCGGACAUCGACGAGUGCGCCCUGGGCUUAUGUUCUCAUUCCUGCGUCAAUUUAGAGGGUAGCUUUUCGUGCAACUGUCCGACUGGUCUAGAAACGUCCAACCAUGACGAGUUCAAUUGCACGGACAUCGACGAAUGCGCCAGAAGUGUCGACGAUUGCGAACAAGAAUGCGCAAAUGUUCACGGUAGCUACACCUGCGCUUGUCGAUCAGGAUUCACCUUGAACCACGACAACAAGACUUGCUCUGACGUCGACGAGUGCUCCGGCAGCGAACACAAGUGUUCCCACGUCUGCUCGAACACUCCGGGCAGCUACAGUUGUUCCUGUUAUAAAGGAUAUCGGCUGUCAGAAGACGGUCGCACCUGCGAGGACGUCAACGAGUGCUUGUUAAACGAACAUGGAUGCUCCGAUGAAUGCGUGAACGAAGAAGGUGGCUUCGGUUGCGCGUGUCCCGCAGGUUUCGCGAUAGAGAACGAUAUUAACAAUAAGACUUGCAAGGACGUGAACGAGUGCCUGGAAGGAACGCAUCAGUGCUCCUACGAGUGCGUGAACACAAAAGGAUCGUACGAAUGCGCGUGUCCUGUUGGAAUGACCUUGGCCGUUGAUAAGAGGAACUGCAAUCCGAUCGAUGUGUGCAGUCUCGCCAACUGUUCCCAUGUUUGCAAGAGGGACCGCGAUACUUACAAGUGCGAUUGCCCCGAAGGCUACGUCUUACAGGGUGAUGGAAGAACGUGCCAGGAUUUCGACGAGUGUCGCGAAGACGAGCACGAUUGUUCUCACGAUUGCGUGAACACGCCAGGAAGCUACACGUGUAGCUGUCCUGGAAACCUGAAGCUUCUGCAAGACGGCUUGACGUGUCAGGACACUUCGUGCCCCGAAGGAUUCGAACAGGACGACAAAGGCCAAUGCCAGGACAUCGACGAGUGUCUGUCGCAACAACACGACUGUACGCACGUUUGUAACAACGAGUACGGGUCUUAUCGCUGCUCUUGUCCUUCGGGCUGGACUCUAAUAGACGACGGCGCCACGUGUGUCUUCGAUAAUCCCUGUGCCAACGCCUCCUGCUCUCACUCUUGCGUGGCUAAUGGUUCCGAGUACAAGUGCCGGUGUCCUUUGGGGUACAGACUCGCUAACGACGGUUCAACUUGCGAGGACAUCGACGAAUGCCAGGAGAAGUCGAGUAACUGCAGCUUCUCUUGCAACAACACGGAUGGAUCUUAUAGUUGUGGGUGUGAGGCAGGAUACGCUCUCGGGGAAGACGAUAAAACUUGCAUCGAUAUCGACGAAUGUGCCAAAGGAACUCACGACUGUUCCCAUGGCUGCGUAAACUUCGAAGGAAGUUACGAUUGUUCGUGUCCCACGGGACACGUAUUCUCGAAGGAAGACCGCGCGUGCAAGGACGUCGACGAAUGCCGAGACCUCUUGCACAAUUGUUCUCACGAAUGCGUAAACGUUGCCGGUGGAUACGACUGCAGCUGCCCGACAGGGUGGAAGCUCGACGAAGAUCUAAAGAACUGUCGCCUAGCUAGCGACCGCAAUUGUUCCCACACGUACGAGCAAGACGAAGACGAGAUUCGCUGCGGUUGUCCCGAAGGAUUCGAGUUGCAGGACGACGAGACCACUUGCGAAGACGUGGAUGAGUGCGAAGAUAAACUUGACUCGUGCAGUCACACGUGCGUAAACACGAAUGGCUCUUAUCGCUGCGAGUGCCCCUCAGGCUUCGAAUUGCGCCAAGAUCAAAGAUCCUGCGAAGAUGUGGACGAGUGUAUUAAGAACCUCCACGGGUGUUCUCAUCGGUGCGAAAAUCUUGAGGGUGGCUACAACUGCUCCUGUCCAGCGAAUAUGAUCCUUCGAGAGAACAACAAGACCUGCGUCGAAGCGGAUAUUUGCGGCCAAACGCACAACUGCAGUCACACGUGCGUGAACGGUUCAGACGGUUACAGCUGCGAGUGUCCAGAGGGUUGGAAAUUAAACGGCGAUGGUAAAACGUGCGAGGAGAUUGAUUUUUGCGCAGGUCAACACGGCUGUUCGCACGAGUGUGUCAGCGGGUCAAACGGUUUCCGGUGCCACUGUCCCGCCGGGUAUGUUCUGUCCCGUGACAACGUAACUUGCGUCGACAGGAACGAGUGCGACGAGCCGAGCAACGAGGUAAACAACCCCUGCUCCCAUUCCUGCGUUAACACGGAUGGCAGCUUCGAGUGCGGGUGCCCAAAGGGUUACCGACUAGCUGCGGAUCGAAGGACCUGCGAAGACGUGAACGAGUGCGUCGAGGACAACGGCGGUUGCUCUCACCUCUGCGCGAACAUCGAGGGCGGCGUCGAGUGCGCCUGCCCAGACAAUUACAAACUAUUGCAAGACGACGGGAAAACUUGCGUGGAAAUCGACGAAUGCUUGAUCGACAACGGCGGAUGCUCGCAUUUAUGCGACUACGAGAACGGAACCGUGUCUUGUUUCUGUCCUUUGGGAAUGCUCCUGGAGGAUGACAACGCCACUUGCGUCGAAGAGAAUAAGUGCUACAUGGAGAACGGCGGCUGUACCCAUUUUUGCAGCUACGACGCUGGAAUAAUAUCUUGCAGCUGUCCACCAGAAAUGAUUCUAUCCGAGAAUGGAACCGUCUGCCUGGAACGGAACAAGUGUCUAUUGGACAACGGUGGCUGUUCCCACGAUUGCAAUUACGAGGAAGGCGAGACCUCCUGUUCUUGUCCUUCCGGGAUGAUUCUUGCCGACGAUAAACUUCUUUGCGUCCGCGAGAACAAGUGCCUGGUCAACAACGGCGGCUGCUCGGACAUCUGCGCGUUUAACGGCGGGUCGAUCAGCUGUGAGUGUCCAUCGGGAUUCCGGUUAUCGAUGCAGGAUAACGCUACCUGUGUCGACGUCGACGAAUGCUUGGAAUUGAAGGACAACUGCACGCAUAAGUGCGUGAAUAUAGCAGGUGGGUUCGAGUGCGUCUGCAACGAGGGGUUCGAAGUGAGCGCCAUCGAGCCUGCCUUCUGCGACGACAUAGACGAAUGCGAGAACGACAACGGAGGAUGUUCGAACGGCUGUCUGAACCUCGUAGGAUCCUUCCGUUGCACUUGUCCAUCGGGAUACGUCCUCGAGAAUAUCAGCAAGACUUGCAGAUUGGUCGACGGUUGCAAACAGAACAACGGAAAUUGUUCUCACCAUUGUCACUACGAGGAAGACACCGGGGAGACCCGUUGCUCCUGUCCGUUGGGCUUCAGACUCGAACAGGAUCAGAAGACUUGCGAAGACAUCGACGAAUGCGAGGAGUUCGAGAACGACGUAGAGUUAGGCUGUUCGCACGUUUGCAAGAAUACGAACGGGUCCUACUACUGCGAGUGCCCGACAGGUUACAUGCUAUUACCGGAGGACAAGAGGAACUGCAUCGACGUGAACGAGUGUCUGAGCAGCCAGCAUAAUUGCAGCCACGACUGCUUGAAUCUCCUAGGGAGCUACGUAUGCUCGUGCUACGAGGGACACUAUCUGCAUUCCGACAAGUCCAGUUGCCUGGACAUCGACGAGUGUCUCGAGAGAAACGGGGACUGCUCGCAUCGAUGCACAAACACCAUCGGUGGCCACUUUUGCUCCUGUCCUGACGGUUACGAACUCUCGCAGGACGAGAGCACCUGCGUCGACGUGGACGAGUGCGGGACAGGCGCUGCUGGGUGUCUUCACGAGUGUAUUAACACUCCAGGCUCGUGGAAAUGUAGUUGUCCCGAUGGUCACGUUUUGGCGAACGAUUCGCGAAGCUGCGUCGACGUGGACGAGUGCAAGAUGAACAACGGCGGUUGCUCGCACGCUUGUUUCAACGUCGCCGGAGGCGUCAGGUGCAGCUGUCCCGUGGGACUGCGUUUGGACGAAGCUGGAAAGCUGUGCAACGAUCUGAACGAGUGCUCGGUGAAAAACGGUGGCUGCUCGGACGAGUGCGUCAAUUUGGAAGGCAGUUUCGUCUGCCGCUGCUCCAGCGGUUAUCAGCUCGGCGCAGAUUCGAGAACCUGUCUCGACAUCGACGAGUGCGAAAUGGAAAACGGUGGAUGUUCCGAUGUCUGCGUUAACGUCAAGGGCAGCCAUCGCUGCGAGUGUCCGAUGGGUUAUGGUUUGAAGGAGGAUCAAAAGUCCUGUGCAGAUGUGAACGAGUGCGAACACAAUAACGGUGGCUGUUCACAUGUGUGUAUUAACGAGCAAGGCUCGUACCGAUGCGAUUGUCCGGAGGGGUACGUAUUCAGGAACGACUCGUGUCGCCUAGUCGAUCUUUGCGCAAACGAUAACGGCGGCUGUGAGCAUAUUUGCAAAGAAGAGAACGACCUUGUCGUUUGCGACUGUAAAAAAGGCUUCGUAGUCGAUGAGGUUAAUCACUCAAAGUGCAGGGACGUUGACGAAUGCGUCGAGCAACAUGGUUGCGAACAGCUCUGCGUCAACACGGUUGGAUCUUUCGAGUGCAGGUGCAAGAGCGGUUUCGAGAUGCGGAAUUCUACGUGUGUCGAUACAAACGAAUGCGAAUGGAACAACGGAGGAUGCGAGCAGGAUUGCAUCAAUACAGUUGGAUCCUACAUAUGUACGUGUCGUGCUGGGUUUGCCUUGAAUCUGAGGAACAGAAGCGAGUGUCAUGAUAUAAACGAGUGCUUGAGUCGUAACGACGUUUGCGACGGCGAAUGUGUUAAUACACCCGGAAGUUACUACUGUACCUGCAGUGGCGACUUGGUGUUGGCUUCCGACGAGAGAACUUGCAUUUCAGCGGAAUUGAGAUGUCGUGCCAUGGAACCGCCGCUACACUCUGAGAUUAGAUGCCCAGGCCAUUCUUCAGGAGCAGUGGUUUAUCCCGUUGGAACCAGAUGUCACAUACGAUGUCGAAGGGGUUUCAAGCUGGAAGGACCGCACACGAGGUAUUGCAUGGCUGGCGAUCGAUGGAACGGAAAGAAACCCACUUGCAUUCAAGAAUCGAUCGUGACCGAUUCCCGUUACCAUUCGGACAUGCCACGACCGUUCGUGAGGUGUCCCCGAGACAUGGACGUGGAGCUACCCGCAAGGCAGAACACGAUACGCGUCACGUUUCCACAGCCUAAGUCCAACAUGAACUGGUGGAGAUACGUAGAUGCUUCUCCUUCUUGGGGUAAACAAUUAGAAGCAGAUUUACCUGCAGGUACAACGAUUGUCACUUUCACGGCCUGGUCACCUGUAUCGAAUUACACCAGCACUUGCAGGAUCGUGAUACGAGUUCGAGACACCGAGAAUCCGAAAGUUUCGACGUGCCCGACAUCCUUUGAAGUGCGGCUAAGCUCCGGCGAACGAAAUCGCUUAAUAUUCUGGCAGGAGCCAUCGUUCACCGACAACGUCGCCGUUGAGCGGGUCUACAAAACGAGGGAACCCGGACAAGUGAUGUACCCCGGCAUUCACAACGUGCGCUACAUCGCUUCCGAUGCAGCCGGAAAUCGAGCCGAAUGCCAUUUCUCGAUACACGUGCGAGAAUCUGAGCGUCGCCGAGAUUCCGAGCCGCGGUACUACAGAAGAAGGAUGCUGAUGUGUCCUGGUAGACCACCCCAGCCGAUACCACCCUCCGUUUACGGGUGGCAGAUACCGAGUGGCUGCUAUCUGAGAUACACGAGAAUUUUCUCUGGGGCGUACGCGAUUCAGAACUACAGAGGACAGAGGCAGAACGACUAUCACGACGCGAGAGCAGCUUAUCACGAAGUUCAUCCCAUCCAUGGUCGCCAAAGUCAUCUGCAAUCGUCUAGAACAUAUCCUCUCGGUGACUAUCGACAGAAUACGAGACAGUAUCAGCUGCAGCAACUGCGGGAACAACGGCAGCAACACCAACAGCUCCCCUCGAGGACCGAUCACGUAACCUCGCCGACGAUCCAUUAUGGCAGGGGCCGUGUCGAGACUAGAAUAUUGCCACGACGUACAUGUUGCGCGUAAGGCUUAACCGUGGUUUCAGCGUGGAGUGUCGCAAGCAGUUCGAGCUCCGAGCGGAUAUGGGCAAAAUUUUAUUCCAAUAGCGGAAGGCAAACAAAAGCACGUGACAGAGAUUUAUUCGCGAUAUCUAUUCGAUUGAACAGGUAUUCAGAUAGAUGUUUAUUUUAUGUAUUGUUCUUUGCUCGCCUAAUUUGAAUAUAUUCUUUUUUUAUAUUCAAAAAACCCUGUCUAAGAGGCGCCGACUCGAAUCCGUAGCAUUGAAAUCAUGCUUAGGGAAAGAGGAAAAUUUAAUUGAUGAUUGGAUUCGUGUAGGUGAAAUUUAAUUUCUGUUUAAUAUUGAAAUUAACGUUAUAGAUUUUUAAGACAGCGCAGGAGAUCGUUAAAGGGAUCGAAAAGGGUCGAUAUUGUUCUAAUCGGUUUCAGCUUUUAAUAAGUUGUAAUGACAUGUCUUAUCAGUGGAUAAGUGAGAUGAUAGCUAACGAAGAGGCUCACUCCGAGCUAAUAAUUUCCAGUAGUAAUUUUAAGUAAUGGGGGUAACCACACAUUUCUUGAAUGGAACUUUGCGCGCCCCUUAGGCAGGAUUUAUUGUAUUUGGUGUGGUUAGGUAUCAAUCACGUAGUUUGGAAUGUUCCUUAUUGGUUUUUAGACCAAAGCUGAACAAAAUUUUGUACUUUUCUUUUAAACGUUUUGGUUCAUGUUGAAAGCCUCCUUCAGGAAUCAAUGAUAUAAUCAUAUAAUAUAUGCAAUUUACAUUAUAUUGUAAUGGAAUAUAAAAACAAAAUUUUGUGACAAUAAUUAGGACUAAGAAUAAAAGACCAUGAGAUUUUAUUUAUUUGCUCCUUUCAUCAGAAGGACAAGUGUUAACAAAUUUCGUUUUUAUAAUGAUUAAGAGUAUCCUUCUUUAUUCGUAUGGCAAUAGUUACGUUAAUUUGAAAAUAAUUUUUUGGAAAAAAAAUUUAAUCGACUUCGAAAAAGGUGCAAUGAAAAGUAUGAAAUAAUUUCUAGUCAAUUUACAUGAAUACGCACUACAUCUAGAUAUAAUUUCUUAAAAGUAUGGGUAAAUGCAGUGAAGUAUGAAAUUAUUGUAUUAUCGCCCGAGCGCUCUACAUUACCGACAGAGUAAACUGCAUUACCGACCGAUCAAUCUGCAUUGCCGGCCGAGCACUCUGCAUUAUCGGCAGAGCACUCUACAUUACCGACAGGACCAUCUGCAUUACCGACAGAGCAAACUGCAUUACCGACAGAGCACCCUACAUUACCGACAGGACAAUCUGCAUUACCGACAGAGCAAACUGCAUUACCGGCAGAGCACUCUGCAUUACCGAUCGAGCAAACUGCAUUAUCGA